GCGCGCCGGAAGUGACGCUGCGUGGCCGCCGUGAUGGCGGCGCCCAAGGUGAAGCAGGACAUGGCGCCGCCGGGCGGGUACGGGCCCAUCGACUACAAACGGCACCUCCCGCGCCGCGGCCUCUCAGGUUACAGCCUCUUCGCGCUGGGGGUCGGCAGCCUCCUGCUGGGCUAUUACACGAUCGUGAAGUGGAACCGGGAGCGCAGGCGGUUGCUCAUCGAGGACCUGGAGGCUCGGAUCGCGCUGAUGCCGCUGCUGCAGGCGGAGUCCGACCGCAGGACGCUCCGUAUCCUGCGCCAGAACCUGGAUGAGGAGGCCAAGAUCAUGAGGGAUGUUCCAGGCUGGAAGGUGGGUGAGUCCGUGUUCCACACGGAUCGCUGGGUGCCCCCGACGCUGGAAGAGCUCUACUACCUGCGCCCCACCAGCGAGAAGGACAACGAGAAGUUCGGGCUCCAGUACUAUGUGUGAGGCACGGCCCUGUCAACCCCCGGUGCCAUCACCCCUCGGGUGCUGUCACCCCUCGGGUGCCGU